AUGUCUCCUGCUCUUGCUCACGCCGGUGCUGGCGCUGCCUCCAAGGAUGUCAAGAGGGAAUCCGCGACUGCUCGUCUUCUCGGUUCCGGAACCGCUGGUAUUGCGGAACUCCUCGUCUUCCACCCUGUUGAUACCACGGCGAAGCGUUUGAUGAGCAACCAGACCCGAAUUGCGUCUGCCAGCGCUUUCAACAAGGUCGUCUUUAGGGAGUUCGCCGACGCGCCUGUCGCCCGCAAGUUCACUUCUCUCUUCCCAGGUCUGGGUUACGCCGCUGGAUACAAGGUUCUCCAACGUAUCUACAAGUAUGGUGGUCAGCCAUUCGUUCGCGACUACCUGGCUAAGCACCACGGCUCCGACUUUGAUAAUGCAUUCGGAAAGGGUACUGGCAAGGCUAUCAUGCACGCUACUGCUGGAAGUUUGAUCGGUAUCGGUGAAAUUGUCCUGCUGCCCCUCGACGUGCUCAAGAUCAAGCGCCAGACGAACCCCGAGGCCUUCCGUGGCCGUGGUCUCUUCAAGAUCAUCUCUGACGAGGGUAUGGGACUGUACCGUGGCGCUGGCUGGACUGCGGCUCGGAACGCUCCUGGAUCUUUCGCUCUUUUCGGUGGAUCUGCUUUCGCCAAGGAAUACAUCUACAGCCUCAAGGACUACAACGCUGCUACAUGGGGCCAGAACUUCGUCGCCUCCAUCUGCGGUGCCAGCGCUUCUCUCGUCGUUUCCGCUCCCCUCGACGUGAUCAAGACCCGUAUCCAGAACCGCAACUUUGAGAACCCCGAGUCCGGCUUCCGCAUCGUUUCCAACAUGCUCAAGAACGAGGGCGCCACUUCCUUCUUCAAGGGCCUCACUCCCAAGCUGCUGAUGACGGGACCCAAGCUCGUUUUCAGCUUCUGGCUGGCUCAGACGUUGAUUCCUGCUUUUGGCCAGGUUGUAUAA